AUCCAACUUCUCUCUCCCAAAUAUGACACAAGAACUAAAACGACAACAAAUCAAUUCCCUGUUAGCACAUAAUCCAACCACGAUAGCAGUAGUGGAUGGACAGAUUUACGAAGUCCCGCUCCAUCAAGAAGAUAACACUUUCCUACUAAUUAAUCUGCCAAGUCAUUUCCCUGAAGAGCCACCUGUGAUUACGCUUUCACCUACAGGCCUGCGUCAUCCUUGGGUUGAAGGAGACGUUAUUAUGCAUGACGCUUUACCCAGUUGGCAACCACAACAGUCCAACUUGGGUUUCUUGGUCAAGGAAAUUCGCGAAGAAUUUAUGGCAAGACCACCUGCAAGAAAGACGAACGAACAACAGAACGAAGGAUAUAAUUCACGCCCACCACCACCCAUUCCUGCAACUGUACCAUCUGUUCCCGAAUAUAAUGCGAUUGCCAAGCUAAGUCCAGAAGAGAUGGAAGAGUUGCUUCAAAACGAAACAGCAUUUGAUAUAUUUUUCGAGACGUUGGACAGAGUAAAGAACCUAAAGACGUUUCAGGAGGAGCUUCGAAGUGGUAACGAAUUACUAGCACAUAAGAAUUUGGGUAGAGAGGACCAGUUGUUAAAAUUACGGUCAGAAGUCGAGCACCUAGAUACGAUUUUCAAGCAAGAAAAAUUGGAAUUUGAAAAGAAAGAGAAAAUACAAAACGAAGCAUUUAACAGGUUUUCCUCGUCUACCGUAUUGACAAGACUAAAAGGAGGAGUAUACGAACAAGAUGAAUUAUCCGAGAAAGUAGCACAAAGCUUUUUAGAAGGCAACCUUGACAACGAAACCUUUGUUAAACAAUUUAGAGAAUUUCGAAAGGUUUAUCAUUUACGAGAAAGUAAAUUGGAAAGAGUUCAGAAGGAUAAUCUUUUUGUGUCAUCUUAUUAAAAAAUCAUGCAUUCACCUGAUCUUCCCCCUCUCUUAUUAAAUUCUCUCUUUUUGUUUUUUAAUUGCAAC